GAAAUGAUAGAAACAAUUUAGAUUUCGUGUAUUUAUGCACGACUCGCAAUUCCCCACAUUUCCAGAGAGCCAAUGAGAAAGGGACAACCAACCGGCCCACAAGAAAGGAAAAAGGACCCUCUCACACCCACCACACAGUCACACAGCAAAGAGGUAGCUCCCAAGCCAUAUCUAGUGGCAUCCCUCUUUCUAGCAGGCAAGUCUGAUUUGAUAGCACGUAAUAAUAUCCAAAAGAGAGCAAUUUGGACGAGCCAGUUGACAAUGGCAAGCCCUGAUUCCGGCGGUCGAGGCCGAGGUGGUGGUAGAGGAGGACGAGGUGGAGGUCCUGGACGAGGAGACGGUGGAGGUCGUGGUGGUGGAGGAGGCCGUGGUGGUGGUGGAAGAGGCCAAGAUCGCAAGGCGAAUAAACGUCAAAAGCAACUGGAUUCCAUGGCCAAAAAGGCAGCCGAUGAAGAUGCCUAUUUUCGCAAGUGUCAAAAGGAAGCACAAAAUAGUAAUAGUCACCCUAAGGAUGACACGAGCAAGACCCGUCAAGACGCCUUGUUUGGAGGACAGCAAAUGGUCAAGGGCAUUAACUUUGAAAAGUACAAUGAAAUCCAAGUCCAGGUCAAAGUGCCAGAAGGCAAACCAGUGGUUCCACCCAUGGAAGACUUUACCAAGUUGCCACACCUAACCAAACAGCUGCAGACAAACAUUCAGUUGAUGAGCUAUACACAUCCAACACCCAUUCAAAAGAAUGCCAUUCCACUCGCCAUGGCAGGAGAAGAUCUCAUGUGUUGUGCUCAAACUGGAUCUGGCAAGACAUGUGCAUUUCUGUUGCCCAUUGUGGCAGCACUGGGACAACUCACGGAAAAGGGGGGAAACAAAAAGAGCAACAGCAACAAUUCGCAAGGGCAAUUAGAACCGGCCAAACCCAAAUGCGUGAUUCUGGCACCAACCCGAGAACUCGCCAUUCAAAUUGAAGUGGAGGCGGAGAAACUCACCCAUGCCAUUCCCUCGUUGCAGCCAGUGGUGGUCUAUGGCGGCGCCAACGCCAGGGGGCAACUCAGAGAACUGGCUUUUGCGUCUGCUUCUGCCAACAAUCAUAAACAUCUCAUUGUCGUGGCCACACCGGGACGUCUCACGGAUUUUGUCGAUCGCAAUUUGGUGUCGCUGACGGACGUGCAGUAUUUGGUUUUGGACGAAGCCGAUCGAUGUCUCGAUAUGGGAUUUGAACCGCAGAUUCGCCGAAUUGUCCAAAAGUCGGGCAUGACACCCAAAGAAAAGCGGCAAACGUUUCUCUUUAGUGCCACGUUUCCUCCGGCCAUUCAGAAAUUGGCGGCCGAGUUUUUGCGAAACAAUUAUGUUUGGAUUGCCGUGGGACGCGUGGGAUCGACGACCGAUUCCAUUACCCAAAAGUUGGUCAAAGCGACGGCCGACAAGCGACACAAACUAGAGUUGGUCGUACAGGCGCUUCAGAACGGCCCUCAGGGACGAUGUCUUAUUUUUGUGCAGAAAAAGCGCACGGCAACGUGGCUCAAGAAACAGCUCAAAAAGGGCGGCCCCGAUGCACCAGGACCCCCCAGCAAAGGAGGGCAACAACAAAAGAAACAGCAGCCGCCGCCUCCCGGCAAAGAACUCAAGUUUCCUCCCGUGGAAGCAGAAGAAAUCCACGGCGAUCGCAGUCAAUCACAGCGAGAAGCUGCCUUGGAAAAGUUUCGGGCGGGGAAAUGCCAAGUGUUGGUCGCCACGGAUGUGGCUGCGCGGGGUUUGGAUAUUCCGGGAGUGGAGCAUGUGAUCAACAUGGACCUGCCGAAUUCGGCAGACGAUUUCGAUAGUUACGUUCAUCGGAUUGGACGGACUGGCAGAGCCGGCAAUGAAGGGUUGGCCACGUCCUUGUUUGUCCCUGGGGAUAAUCCCAAAUCAGACAAUGGACGAAUUGCGAGUCUCCUCUUGAAUCAACUCAAAGAGUCCAAGCAAGAAGUCCCACCUUGGUUGGCCAACCUUGUUGUCGGUGGCGGUGGAAACAAGGGCAAACCACAAUUCACCAGUACAGAUGUACGAAAGAAUACGAGCCGUCCCGCGAAAAACAACAACAACGAGAACAAGGAUGGCAGCGGCGGCAAUCAGGCAGAAGGAGGACGAGGCAAAGGUCCCGGUAGGGGCCGAGGAAGAGAAGGGCGUGGACGGGAGACAGACGGGGGCAACAGUGGAAGCAACUCAGACAACGCAUCCGGAAGAUCCGGAGGGAGGGGUGGACAGCGAGGUCGCGGUCGAGGCGGCACUAAAACAACAGGAAACAAUGGCAACGAGGACAAUGGUGGCAGAGCUGGAGGAAGAGGCGGCAGAGGAGGCCGUGGACGUGGAAGAGGCGGGCGUGGUCGAAGCCAAAAUUCUGGAAGAGACGGCGCCGACUAGAAGAUAUCAACUCCCAAGCACCGAACAGAAAGAAAAGCUUACACUGUACAGCGCAGAACACCGGAUCAUCGUCAGCCAACAAAGCAAUCGAUUGAUAAUUCUAUUUGGGUGGGAACUGCAGCUACUAAGAAAAUGUUAAUAAGCUACUGAUCAUC